AUGGCUGAUACAGCAACCACAAAUACGUUGGUUGCAACAACGAUAGGAGUAAAACCCUCUAUCGUUCGCUUCAAUGUCGAUCAACAAUGUCCUAUUCAGUAUGUUACUGUCUACAACGAUCGUGCGGAAGUAACACGGUCUUUACAACAUCAUUUUGAUGCUGAAGGUACAUAUGAUCUUGUGCUCGAUGGCUUUUCGACAUUUGUCGAUGAAACAUCAUUACAUGUCAGUGGUGGAACGGGCAAAUCAUGCACCAUUCUUGAGGUAUCGUAUCAAACACAAUAUGAAGAUGUCGCUCUACCAUCGGAUUCGACGCCACUAGAUAAUGUCCAAAGUCAACUCGAAAAUGUGCAAACCGGUAUAAAGAUGCACAAACGCGAAUUGGCACGACUCGAAAAGCAACGUUUAUGGCUUGAUGGACGUUCAGCCAAAUUAAUGAAUCAAGAUGGACCAUGUACGGCCAAUGAUCUGGAUAAUAUGCAGAAAUUUCUCGAAUUCUAUCGCAAAAUGCUGUUAAAACUCGAUGAUGAAACAGUGCGCGAAGAAGACGAAGUCAAGAAGUUAAAUGAUCGCGAAAACGCUUUGAAAGCUCAAAUCAAUCAACAUGGCGCUGAAGCUCAAGCGAAUCGACGAAAGACGUGUCGAGAAGUGACCAUUACAGUUCAUAUCGCCAGUGCUCAAAAAGAUGUGACACUUGAAAUUUCCUAUUUGAUCAGUAAUUGUUCUUGGAGUGCCAGUUAUGAUGUCCGUGUCAGCAGUGUUGACGCGAAUCGACAACGAACACAAUUAACGUAUUAUGGAAUUAUUGUAAGUAUUUGA